AUGGCGGGCCCGCGCUACAGCCCCGUGGCGGCCGCAGGCGGCUGUCGCUGGCCGGCGGCCUGGCUGCCUGCCCGCCGAGCGGCGGCGGUCGCGCUGGGGGUCCUGCUGUUGGCGGGGUGCCUCGCCGCCGCCCUGACGGGCCCCGCCGCCGCUGCAGCCCGGCGCCGUCGCAGAGGGCGCGCGCCCGCCGGCGGCGAAGAGGUCAGCCUGCAGGAGAAGUUCGGCCUGGACGAGGUGAUGAGCACGCUGGAUCAUGUUGUGAACGGCUGGAACCAGAGCCAGCAGGUUCAGGAGAGCUGGUCCGAGCCCGCUGGCUGGCUGCAGAACGCGUCGGACGCGACCCUGAAGCAGGUCCAGGAGAGGUGGCCCGAGUACGUGGACUGGCUGCAGAGCUCGGCGAACGAGACGCAGAGGCAGGCGGGAGGGCUGCUGGCCAGCGUGAACCUGACGGGCAUCACGCAGGGCCAGGCGGCGGAGCUGCUGGAGAGCAUGAACCAGUCGGCGCGCGGCGUGGGGGCUCAGGCGACCAGGUUCCUGGAUAGGAUGAACCAGUCGGCUCAGGCAGUGGCGCAAAACGGCGGCCCAGAAGGUAUGAUGGCUGGCGGUAUGAUCGACGCCCAGAACAUCGGCAAGAUGCUGUCCAGCACCGACUGGGACGACGUGAACUCUUGGGAGGACAUCAAAAAGGAGUUCGGCAAAGUGCAGGGCAAUCGGCCCGGUCUGUACGCUCAGUACGCGCAGGCCGAGAGCGCCGCCGUCGCUGGCGACAUCGAGGUGGACUUCGUCUGGACCCAGGUUCCGCAUGCUGCCGUCGGCCAGGGCGUUGGUGUUUUCGCGUCCUUGCAGUUCGGCCUAGAGGCAGGUGGUGGCGGCUAUUUCGGCAUGCAGGUGGUGAGCGCUGGCGCCAUGGACGUGCUCGGUGUACAAUCAGCUCCAGCAGAAACGCACGCUGCCAUUUUCUCUUGCUGGGAUCUGGACCCAGAGCACAAAGUCGAGGCCCUCGGCCCGAAUUGCCAACGAUUCGAUGGGGAGGGCACAGGCGGCCACUGCAAGAUCCCCUUCUCCAUCGACGCAAACGGCAAGUACACAGUUCGAUUGCAUGUGGAGGGACACAACGCGUCGCAUGGAGCGCUCAAGGGCGAGGUGGUGAACCCGAGCACGGGCCAGACGAUCGAGCUGGGGAGCCUGCUGCUGCCGAACGCAGACGGCGUUCCGGAGGGGUGGGGGAAGAUCAAGACCCAGUCUGGAGCCUUCCUGGAGUUCUUCAAGGGGACCGGCUGCGACGACCAGCCGGUCGCCAGCGUCGGACUCGUGGGCCCCUACUUCGAGCAGCGCUCUCUGUCCCCGCCGAGCGCCAAGGCCCAGUACGCCCCUGGCUGCCCCUGGAGCGACGUGAGCGGCUGCGUCCCGGGCGAGGGCUGCGCCUCGCCCCACGUCCAGCUCACCGGCGGGGGUGCCACGCAGCGGACCACGGCCGACGGCGAGGACCUGUGGACGGGGAGCCCCGCGCAGGGCGCGCCCGAGGCCGGCUGCGUUGACAAGGACGCCGAUAUUGUGCAGGCCGCCCUGGCCAUCGGGAAGACCAUCAGCGGGUGCGCGGAGGCCGCCUCGUACUGCACAGGCCCUCUGUACGGCGCGAUCGUGACGAAGUUGUGUUGCGCCACCUGCGCUGGGUCCGGAGGCGGCGGGGCCCUGCCGACCGCGCUGCCGGGGCUGCAGCUGGCCGGAGCGCUGCCGUUCGGGGGCCCGGAGGCCCAGUAG